GUGAAAAUGUUCCAUCCGCGCUUUGCAAUUGUGUUAUCUAAUCGUUUUAGAUCCAUCUACCCGAACAGAAGUAUUCUAACAUCUGCCCUUGCCCAUCAGCAUGCAAAAGAGAUUCUGAAAAUUGUUGAUCCAUAUUCCAAGAUAAAAAUUCGAUGCAACUGUGCCCUGAAGAUAGUGCCCUACGACUUGCUCGAUUGUCCCGAUUCCAAUCUUCUCAAAGCAUCGUUGAACAGCGCCAACGACCACAGUCUCAGCGUGGAUAUCGAUGGAAACGAAGUGUCCAUCACCGAUAGCAAUGCUCCUUCGAGUCCGGUGAGUUGCAUCUUAGAGGUUCCCGUCAAAGCGGAUCUGGAAGUUGUUAACAAUGGCAGCACCGCAGUUUCCGAUCUGUAUAGCGAUGAGAUCCGGAUCGAGUCCGGUGGUAACGUCGAAACGCGAAACCUGCGCUGCACGCUAGUUGAUUUGCGAAGCUCGGGCGGGAACAUUUCCUGCGCGGGAACGACGCUGGCCCAGAUUAUCAAGGUUGUCACCACCGGGACGGGCAAUGUAACGCUGGACAAGCUUCAAGGAGGAGAGGUGGAAGUGGAGACGAAUGCUGGCGAUAUUUCAGUCAAUUCUAGUUACUCCAAUAACAGUAGCUUCAGGACCGGCGAAGGAAACUUGCUACUGAAGAGUAUUCACAAAAAUUGCCAGGUGGUUUCGAAUGGCCCCGGGAGAUUUGUGAUGAAUGGCUUCUACGGAACACUCAACGCCGAUGUGGCCAGCCGAGAGGUAUCGCUACAGCUUUCAGAAACCGUGGGAGACUGCACGGUGAAUGCGAGAUCAGCCACUGCCGUAGAUUUGGCCGUCAGUGACACCGUACUGGAGAACACCGAAGUGCACAUUGCCUGUGAACAACUUGAAGUGCAUCCCGAGCUGGCGGGAGAUCAGCACGCCGAGUUGGACAAGGCAGGUCAGGUAAGUUUCGGAAAGAAGGGCUCCGAGAACAAGCUAAAUGUGCACGUGGCCGGGCUGGUUACGGUGAAGAAAAUGUCCUGGACGGAUUCAUUCGGAUUUGCAUUUAAGGAGGAAUGAGUUGCAUAAUUUUUAGUGUCGUAAUUGUUAGUAACUUAUUAAAAACAAGUUAGAACUUAAA